AUGACAGAUUUUGAACAGGCGGCAAUAAAGGCAUCAAAAGCUGAGUUUCCUAACGUGAAAAACAAGGCAUGUUUUUUUCAUUUAUCUCAAAACAAAUGCUUGCCCUGGGCCCUGGAUUUUAUUCCAUCUGAAAAUAUACCUGCAGCAUUUGAUGAACUUAAAGCGACAUUUCCUCCUGAAGCUGAAGAAGUUGUCCAAUGGUUUGAAGACAAUUAUGUACAUGGCCGGAUUCGUCGCCGAAACCAAAGAAAUGGUAAUAUUAUACGCACAGACCCACUUUUUCCGCCCAAACUUUGGUCUGUGUCAGAAUUAAUGGACCACGGAAUUCCUAGGACACAAAAUAUUGUCGAAGCUUGGCAUCGACGUUGGUCAACUUUGGUUGGUAAACCUCAUGUUGGAGUCUAUACAAUGAUAGAGGAGCUUCAGAAAGAACAACAACGAGUUGACUUGGAAAUUGAAUGCAUUAAUCGUGGAGAACCAAAACCGAAACAGAAAAAACAAAUAAUUGACAGAGAGAAAAGAAUAAUGACGGUAUAUAAAGAUAUAUCAAAUAGGAGUGUCUUAGAAUUUUUACGGGGUUUGGCUCAUAAUAUAUCGAUGUAG